AUGAUCAACGUCACGUGUUGUUUAAGAACCCAACAAGAACUGAAUAUUGUUGGAAUAGGAAUUUUUCCUCAACUGAAAAAUCCGUACUCUUGUGAGGGUGCCAAGAGACCAGCAAGACGAACAAGACCAGCAAGACGAACAAGACUCCUCUUUGUGUC